GCGAAUGUUAAGAUUUUUAUCAAACUAAAUCUAUAUACUUUAGCUUUUAAAAGUUAGUUUAGUCAAAGUUAUUGUAUUGCUUAACAAGUGCUUAUAGCUCCAUUAUAUUACAUUAACAAAUUUAGUAAACAUAAAAAUAAGAAAGAAAAUGGAAGAUAUGCUUCUCUAUUUCAUGAUUGUGCUAGUAUAUGUUGCCCGACCAGUAAUGAGUGAGUGCGCUGAAAAUGGAACCAGCUGUAAUAAGUUUGAAUGUGAAUAUAACGUAAUUCGGAAACUGAUUAAACUUGAGGAGAAAGUUUCCCAGCAGGAUGAAAAGAUUGUUGAGCAGAAUAAGAAACAUGUUGAGCAGGCGCAUAUGAUAGAAACGCUUUCAAGAGAGUUAGAAGGCAGCCGUAGGGCUCUAGAGUAUCAUAUCUCCGACGGUUCUGCAUAUAUAAGAUGGGGCCGAAAAACGUGUCCUAGCGGCGCUACUUUAGUUUACGAAGGAUACACAGCUGGAACUCAUUACACAUACAGCGGCGGAGCUGCACAACCUUUAUGUCUAACUACAAAACCGAUUUGGGGACUGCACACAUCGAAACAGGAAUUGGGAGCAUAUGUUUACGGAGCAGAAUAUCAAACAUCCUCAUACAGCGCAUGGAAUUACUUGCAUAAUCAUGACGUCCCCUGUGUCGUCUGUCGCGUACCUAACAAAGACGUGCUGAUGGUCCCAGGAAGCAGCAGUUGUCCGAACGCUUACAAUCUUCAAUACAGUGGCUAUUUAAUGGCAGGGUACUAUAGUCACGCGGCUUCCAGCCACUACCUUUGUGUGGAUGGUAACCCUGAAACAGUAGACAGGGGAUAUCAAGAUAACGACGGAUACUUACUUUACUUUGUCCAGGCUAUAUGUGGCUCUCUAGCGUGUGGGCCGUACGUCCUCAAUAGGGAGAUAACAUGCGCUGUAUGCUCAUUUUCGCUCGAAGCCUAGUAGCAGAGUUUACAGCCGUUUUUAUAAGUUUUGCCUCGAAUAUUCUUAACUCUUCACUACUUUGACUAUAUCACUAAGCUUAAUAUGAAUGAUCAUUAAUAUAUCUCAAACUUGCUUGACAAUAUUUAAGAGGGACAAGUGCUUAAGGUUAAAUAGUACCAUUUGAUAAAAUAUCACUAUAUGUUUUCUAAAAUCUAUAAAUUUUAAUGAAUUAAAAUGAAUGAAAUCAGCAUGUUCAAAAUUAAUGGAAAACACUUAUGCAUAUGUACAUGACUAUUCCGUAAUUAGAAAUAGGUUAAUGAAUAAGAAAAUGUCGCACCUGAAAGAUACUAAGGAAACGAUGUUGAUGAUAACCAAUGUUUUUAUCUUUUGAAUGCAAUAGCUUUUUUGAUAACAUCAACAUGAAUUUUAGUGAUUUGUUUAUCAUAUGCGGAUAGUUCUCUACAGUUCCAUGUAAAAUAAACGUACCUAGGAAGUAUGUUCGGAUAAUUUCUGGAUGUGCGAGAUGUGGAAGCGACUACAUUAUUAAAGGCUCUGACCUUACACUCGUACAAAAACAAAAGAAAAUAAAAUUUUCAGAUAUCAGAAA